AUGAGCACAAAGUCCGAGUGCCCUGUCACGGACCCGGCGUCGGUCCCCAACCCUCUUGGCGAUGGGAAAUACAUCAAGACGGCCGGAUGUCUGAUCAUUGGAGACGAGGUGUUGAACGGCAAGACGAAGGACACGAACAGCAAUUUCUUCGCGCAGUUCUGCUUCGAUCUCGGCAUUGAUCUAAUCGAAGUCAUUGCAGACGACGAAGACGAAAUCUAUGACUUUGUUGUGACCUCUGGUGGCAUCGGUCCCACGCACGACGACAUUACGUACGAGUCACUGGGCAAGGCGUUCGGACUCCCGCUCGAGCACGAUGUGGAGACGAUGCGGCGCAUGGCAGCGCUCACGACCGAGAAACGUCGGCUAGAGCUCGAGGCUGCGUCGCCUGAGGAGCGUGAGGCGCGCAACCGCAUGGCUCUGUUCCCGCUCGCGAAGGGCGGGCACGGAAGUGACGGACAAGGUGGCGCGCGCAGCGAGCUCCUCUUUGUUUCGGAGGACAAGUGGGUCCCCGUUCUCCGCCUCGGUGGAAAGCUCUGCGUCUUCCCAGGCAUUCCGAGCUUGUUCCAGCAGCUCCUCCUCGGCCUCGUGCCGUAUCUGCCCCUCCCGCCUGCUUCGUCGAAGCCGUUCCGCCAUCUCAUCUUCACCAAAUUGCACCUUACCUCACGGAGCUUCAGAAGCGCGUCAAGGACGAGGGCAUCCGUGUUGGAUCUUGGUGUGCACGUGAGCCUGAUCGGCCAUGACGUUGAGCGUGUCAAGGAGCUUGGCCGCGAAAUCGCCGAGAAGCUGGACGGCGAGGUUAUCUCUGAGGGUCAACUUGGAGACGAGUCUGCCAAGGCCAAGCCGUCUCUGUGA